UCAGUCAUUUGUGUCAAAUCUUUAUAAGCAAGUAGUCUGUUUCACUAAGGUUAAAGAAAAAUAACAUAUAAAUGGAACGCUACAUGUACAGUGAUGUUGAACACCUCGGAGAAGAUCUUGAAUGUGUACUCCAAAUUAAUAAGGAGCCGGUUGAAUUCGACCCGAUGUGCGAUAAGGAGAAUCCUCAAAAGAUUUCCUUUGAAGAUGUCUCAGCGGCUGCCUUUAGGAUACAAAAUGGGAUUAUAAAAACGCCAUGCGUGAAAUCUCACAUGUCCUUAGAAUAUGGAAUGGACAUUUACCUGAAAAAUGACUUUCUUCAGCAUACAGGAAGCUUUAAAGAGCGGGGCGCUCGCAACGCGUUGGUUCUCCUUCCCUCUGAAGCGAGGCAGCGCGGAGUCAUCUCCGCAUCACUCGGCAACCACUCGCAAGCCCUCAGUUAUCACGCGAAGCUCCUCGGCAUCCCCGCUACUGUCGUCAUGCCGAACGUGGCGCCCAUUAUGAAGAUACAGAAAUGCCGCUCGUUCGGGGCUAACGUAGUCAUACAUGGAUAUGAUAUGAGCGAAGCGAAGCAUCAAGCUAUGGUGUUGGCUAAGGAGAGGAAUCUCACUUACAUCAAUGGAUACGAUCACCCCCACAUCAUGGCUGGACAAGGAACUGUGGGCCUGGAGAUAGUAGAGCAGGUGCCUGACGUCGAUGCUGUGUUGGUACCCGUGGGAGGCGGCGGGCUGCUGGCAGGUACCGCCACCGCCAUCAAACAUCUGAAGCCUCACGUUCUUAUUUAUGGCGUGGAAUCUGAAAAGUGCGCGAGUAUGACCGAAGCGAUAAACAACGGACAACCGGAGAGUGUACAUAUCCGCUCUACGCUGGCCGACGGUCUCGCCGUGCCCACCGUCGGCUACAAUGCUUACCACACUUCCAAGUCGCUGGUCGACAGAGUGAUAUCCCUGCCUGAGGACUGGAUCGCUCGCGCCAUCUUGCUCCUUGUGGAGCAGGAAAAAUUCGUGGUGGAAGGCGGCGGCGCGGUCGGGAUCGCGGCCAUCAUGGCCGGCCUGGUUCCCGAGCUCGCCGGGAAAAAAGUGGUCUGCAUCUUAUCCGGGGGCAACAUUGACACCACAAUCUUAGGCCGGUGCCUGGAGCGAGGCCUGGCAGCGGAGUCCCGCCUGGUUAAGUUCAAGGUGACGGUCAGCGACCGGCCUGGGGGUAUCGCCGAGCUGUGCAAGCUCAUAUCCUCGACUGGUGUCUCUAUUAAGGACAUCAUGCAGGAGAGGGCGUGGGUGUGCGGGGACAUCUUUAGUGUGAGAGUAAAAGUAGUUUGCGAGACUCGAGGUCCCGAGCACACGGACGAGCUACGCAGUCUAAUCGCGCGCACCUACCGCGAAUGGGUGUUCACGCGCGAGACUGGGGACUACUGCCAUACGCCGCUCAAGAAUUACGACUCCCUCGACGACGUCUCGCACUAAAUUUACGAGGCAACGGAUAAUGAAGCACUUGUGACUUAUCUAUAUCUUAGUUUAGCCAAAAAAAGAAAUACCAUAUUUAUCGGAGUACACGGGCGAAACUUCCCUUUAAAUAAGAUUUUGCGAACGAUUUAACGGUGGCAGACAGUUUGGUGACUUUGGUGCAACCGACCCUAAGAGCACAGUCAUGCUUCACUACUUCUCUCUCCUACUUCGAUUACAUACAUACAAAAAGUAUACAAAAAGUUGGUCGCUACACAAGGUCUCCUAAUGGUAGAUGAUUGUCCUUUUUCACCAAGAAUCCACACUUUAUGUUAUAGGAUUCUGAUUUAACAAUUGUUAAAAUGUUCACAUUGUUUUGAUAUAAGUAAUUUUGACAAUCGCUCACCGUGCGGGCCGUGUCCAAGUUUUAUCAAUAAUCGAAUAAUCAUAUCAAAACUAUAACAAAUUGUUAAAUUUGAAUCGGCCUCCUUGUAUUUAUGCCCCGAUACCUAUUCGUUAGGCGCCAUUAAUUUAUUACGUAAGACGAUUUUUGCCAGAUUUUGACCCCCUCCCACCCCUAUGUAAGAAAAUAUAAGAAUAAGGCGACCCCCACCCCCUGUUUUAUGUUUAUUUGUAGAAUCUGAAGGAAAAACGAUUAGGUACACAUCGGGUUUGUUUUUGUUUCGAUUUUCAGAUACAAUUUUAGGAACUUUUAUUUUGUACCUGUAAAAGUACAAAAAAAGAUUUUUUCGGCCAUAAUCAACUGUGGCUUAAUUUUAUAGU